CUUCAACUUUGCCCAUGUAGAGACGACCAAAACUAGGUCCUCUAUCAGCUAGCAAUGACGGAUGAGCAUCACAACAGUGUAUCCGAGCCACAAGGAGAGUGGCUGAAGAAGAUGGCAGAUACCGGCAAUUCGUUUCUGGAGAAAGCGUACGCGCUCUCCAGCCCUUCCGAGGCACGGGAUCUCUAUGAUCGGUGGGCAAACUCAUACGACCGAGACCUGGACGAGCUGGAUUAUGCAUUUCCAGCCAAUGCGGCUUCAGCGCUCGUCAACGCCAUGGGAACCGACGACAUUUCGGAUCUGCGCAUAUUAGACGCUGGGUGCGGGACGGGCCUGGUGGGCGCCAUACUCGCGUCGGAGUACAACGCGACGAACGUGGACGGCCUGGACAUCAGCCCAGGCAUGCUGGCUAUCGCGCAGAGGACUCACGCGUACAAAGUACUGACGGAAGCUGAUCUGACGAAGCGAAUUGCACGGCAGGACGGAGAGUACGACGCUGUGAUAUGUGUGGGGACGCUCACGAAAGGCCACGUGGGGCCGGCCGUCCUGGACGAAUUCGUGAGAGUCGUUCGGAAGGGCGGCAUAGUUGAUGCAACAGUGUUGGCGACUAUAUGGGAGAGUGGAGGGUUCAAGGCGAAGGUGGAUGAGCUGAAAGCGUCAGGCAGGGCGGAGGUGCUUGGGGACGGAGCAGUGGGACUGAGGAAGGGCGAGACGACGGGGGGGAUACUGCUGCUAUUGAAGAAGCUGUGAGCUCCGUAUGCUAUAAAGACGUCUGGUCCACCGCGAGCCGUUUGUAAAUGAUGUCUGCACCUAUCGAGCGCGUAUGUACAGAAUACGGAGUGCACCGUUUGAUACAUGAC